AACAUGGCCGGCGUUUCUUUUACCCCAACAAUGCCGAGAAGUGCGCUCAUCGUUCCCGGUCUGAUUUGCUUUUGGUCUGCCCUGGCCUUGGCCCUGGGCGCCACCUUGGAGGCGGAUACCCUGGCCACGCGAAAGGCGCUUCUUCGCGCACGACCCGCGGUGCCGCCCGCUGCCAGGUGGGGCGCCAAUAUGCAGAUGCUGCGCCGGCACAACAGUCCUGCCUUCAACUUCUGGACGGAGGACAGCGAUACGAACAUAUGGGAGCAUUGCGGACUCUUCGAGGGCGACAUCAUGCUGCACCGCGAGCUGCUGAGGAACGGGCUGCUGAACGAGCGGCUCACCUGGCCAGAGGCCGCCGUGCCCUUCUACAUAGACCCGCAAGACUUCACCGCCAACCAGACCAUGGUCAUACUGAAGGCCUUCAAGGAGUACCACGACCGCACCUGCAUACGCUUCCGGCCGUACGAGCAGGGCGACAAGCACUGGCUGCUCAUCAAGGGCAACUACUCCGGCUGCUGGUCGAGCGUCGGCCGGCGUUCGGGUGGCCAGGUGCUCAACCUGAACACGCCCAAGUGCGUCACCCACGGCGUGGUGGUGCACGAGCUCCUGCACGCGCUCGGUUUCUACCACCAGCAGAGCGCCACGGAGCGGGAUGAGUACGUCAAGAUCAACUGGGAGAACAUCCUCGACGGGCACGCGCACAACUUCAACAAGUACGCCCGCACCCACAUCACCAACUUCGGCGUGGAGUACGACUACCAGAGCGUCAUGCACUACAGCUCGCGGGCCUUCAGCAAGAACGGGAAGGCAACCAUAGAGCCACUGGAUCCGUACGCCUCGCUGGGCCAGAGACGCGGCCUCUCCGACAAGGAUGUGUCCAAGCUAAACGAGAUGUACGAACAGGACUGCAGCGAGGACUACCUGCUCAACUUCGACCGCUUCGGGAACUACAUCGACGAACUGCUCGACUACUUCCAGGGCAACAUUCAGGAUCUGCUCGGAUAG